AUGGAUUUUUCUAUGAAUUUAAUUUACACUAUCCUUCUCCACUUGAUAUUGUUUUUAGUUGUUUGCUUUGAAACAAAGGCUAUAGUCAAACUUCAACCAAAUGUUUCAAUUCCAGCAGUGUUUGUGUUUGGAGAUUCAAUUACGGAUACAGGAAAUAACAACUUUAAAAAAACAAUAGCUCGAUGCGAUUUUGCACCAUAUGGAAAAGAUUUUCCAGGAGGGAUUGCAACAGGUCGAUUUAGCAACGGAAAGGUUCCAUCAGACCUUAUAGUUGAAGAAUUAGGCAUUAAAGAAUUUCUACCCCCUUACUUGGAUCCUAAGCUCCAACCUAGUGAAUUGACCACUGGUGUGUGCUUUGCAUCUGGUGGCGCUGGAUAUGAUGAUUUGACAUCAAAAUUACUGACCGCUAUAUCUUUAUCGAGCCAGCUAGACUCAUUCAAAGAAUAUAUUGGGAAGCUUAAUGCACUCGUUGGAGAGAAUAGAACAAAGUUCAUCAUAGCCAAUAGUGUUUUCUUUGUUGAAUUUGGCAGCAACGACAUUUCCAACACAUAUUUCAUAAGUCGUGUGAGGCAAAUAAAAUAUCCUGAAUUUUCUUCAUACGCUGACUUUUUAGUUAGUUUAGCUUCUAAUUUCACCAAGGAAAUAUACAAACUAGGGGCAAGACGGAUUGGAAUAUUCAAUGUGCCACCAUUAGGGUGUGUGCCAAUGCAGAGAACAUUGGCCGGAGGAUUUGAAAGAAAAUGUGUAGAAAAGAUAAGCAAUGCAACAAUGUUAUAUAAUGACAAGUUAUCAAAGGAGAUUGAUUCCCUUAAACAGAACUUAUCAAAUAGCAGAAUUGUUUACUUGGAUGUUUACAGUCCUAUACAAGAUGUCAUUGCGAAUGAACAAAAAUAUGGGUUUUUAAAUGCAGAUCGAGGGUGUUGUGGCACAGGAAGAGUGGAGGUAGCGUUUUUAUGCAAUCGUUUAGCACACACUUGUUCCAAUGAUUCAGAAUAUGUGUUUUGGGACAGUUUUCACCCCACAGAAGCCAUGUACAAAAGGAUUAUAGUCCCUCUACUUCAAAAAUAUAUGAACCAGUUUGUUUGA